AUGCAGUCAUCAUCCAAGGGAGAAAUAUCUCAAGAUUGGCAAGAACACGAAAAAUGCCCCGAAGGAAUUGCCCCCGUUAGAAGAAGUACAAGUUCUAUCACUCGCAAACACCCUUCGCUCCUGCGUUCUCAUUUCAAUAGUAGCUUAUUUGUAGGUCCUGAGGGGAUACACGAGUAUGCUUUCGUCCGAAGUUAUGUUGAUGGUCGAUUCUUUGGAGCAAGUGCAAUGCUUAGUAUAUGGAAACCUAAAGUCAACCAUGAUGAAUUUAGUCUAGCUCAACUAUGGAUUAGUUCAGGAUUUGGUGCAGACUUAAAUACCAUUGAAGUCGGAUGGACAGUUUUUCCAAAAAGAUAUGGUGAUAAUGAACCAAGAUUCUUCACAUUUUGGACGAGAGAUAAUUACAAUACUACAGGUUGUUAUGAUUCUGAUUGCCCUGGAUUUGUACAAGUUGAUUUCAGCGUUAAACUUGGUCAAGUCAUUUCUCCUAUUUCCAUUGUUGGAGGACAAACAAGUGGAAUAACAAUUAUGGUCUACAAGGGUGAGAAUGGACACUGGUGGCUAGAUGUAAAUGGUGUUGACAUAGGAUAUUUUCCUAAGAAUCUCUUCACUGCAUUGAGUGAAUAUGCUGAUAGAGUGGACUUUGGUGGAGAGAUUCUUAAUUCAGAAAAAGAUGGUCACCACACAACUACUCAAAUGGGAAAUGGACUAUAUCCCCAUCAACAGGGAGCAAGUUUUAUAUCUGGAAUUAGAAUAUAUGACCAGAACAAACAACCAGUCGAAGGAAUUCUGCAUCCAGUUGAUAGCACAGUUCCUUAUUAUGGUGUGAUUCUUGUUAAUAAUGAUACUAUGUUUUAUGGAGGACCCGGUUAUUCUCAAUUCUAUAAUUAA